UUUUUGGGUGUUGAGUUAAGAUGGACCAAGAUAAGUAAAUAUAAACUAGUUAAUAUCUAACUUUAGAAUAAAUUAUGUUAGAUUGAAAUAUUAUAUUUAAUAUCAAAGUUAAAAUAAGUAGUUUAUACAAAGAUAGUAGAGAUAACAUUACUACGGAUUGAAAGGAGAAGUAAACAAUCUAUCUUCGAAUUCUGGCAAAUUAAAGGAGAAGUAACCAAUCUAUCUUCUUCAUCUAUCUUUAAACAAUUCUAGUUAUUAAUCUCUAAUAGUUGCGCCUACCUCCAAAGUGAUAUAAGCCAAAAAUAAAAAUGUACUUUAGUGUAUGAGAUAUUAUUCGCAUGCCUAAAAAAAAGCGCGGCUUGAUUGAGUUUAUUGUGUGCUAACCUAAUAAUUCAUUGGGAACAUUUGCAUAUUUUUAUUAUAAAACCAGCUGAUCAUUCCUCAAGUCAGCUGCGAUUAUUAAAUAGGGAGUCUUACGUAUGGGCAAAUUUUGGAAAAAUAUUGUUUUAAUUAGAUUAAAACGGAAAUAAGUAACAAAAAAUCAAUGAUUAUGUAAAGCGUCUUAAAAGUAAGCAUGUCUAAUGAUCAUUAUGGAUGUUUAAAUGAUUCAACAAUGGCAGCCAUAAAUAGCGCAUCGUCCUCGAAUCCUUGCAUUUCUACACGCUGGUUGACAGAAGAGGUAUUUGCUUUAAUAGACUUAGUACAACGCAAUGAAGCGAUUUACAAUCCUAGACAUAAAUAUUACUUUUGUCGGCCGUAUGUAGAAAAUUUUUGGCGUGAAGUCGAUUUGAAAUUGGAAAAAAAUCUCGGCGCUAGUUUGGCCAAGUGGACCAACUUACGUAUUUCUUUCCGACGUGAGUAUACUAAUUAUUUAGAGGAGAAGGUGCCACCUUGCUGGACUUAUUUCGACCGCAUGUUUUUUUUGCAUCCGUAUUUAAGGAAAAAGCAUCAACAAUCAAAGUCGCUCGAUUCUCAAGAUACUUUGGUUCAGAUCAAUACUUUGUCAGAUCGAUUACAACGUGAAAGAGCUGCUGCAGCUGCUUCUUUGUCUAAUGGUAGUGCUUCGGGAGAUCAAAAUGUUAAUUCUCCUCGUUCUAAUGUACCAUCCAAUCAAGUGGAUAGUUAUUUAGAAUAUUUAGAUGAAGCCGAACCGAACGCUUCAGAAUUGGAUGAUAUGACAGAUGAUGAACCAAUUAAUGUGAGAUCGUACGCUCACGAUAUCAAAUCGGAGUGCGAAGAUAACGUUGAUGAUUUUGAUCCCGAUAGUCGACAGCACAUCGAUGACGAACAGGAAGUAGAAAACGAUGAUCACGAUAUGCGAAACUUACUUAUGUUACACACCGUGGGAAAACAGUACCAACAGCAACAGCGAUUACAGCAUUUGCAACGUCUGCAAAGUAGGACUUUUUAUGAGGAUUUUCGUAACAAACGAGCUAAAUCACAUGAUAAUGUAACAAACCCUCCGCUAACUACGACCCACAGCUCAGCUUCUACAUCUUUGUCUUCAAAUGCCGCUUCAAGCCACACCACAAACGUAUCAAACGUAUCUUUUGUUAGACCUACAUUUAGCAAAGCUUCGGAAAACGUGAAUGCAAGUGCACACAAUACUUCAAAUCUCAAUAACAAUGCGAAUUCUAACGCAUCUAAUGAGCCAGAAUCAAUACCAAGUUCCACAACGGCACGUCCUAAUUCCCUACACUACCACAGUUACGGUCCACACAAUCAAUAUCAACACCAUCAUCAUACUCGUUUCGAGAUGGCCGGUAUAAGCAAUACUUCUAAUGGUACAGGAAACACUACAGCGUCUAACGCGAAUUUGUCAGUGACACCAGAAUUAUGCGACUGCAAAACUGAUCCCGAUGCUAUGUUUUUGAUGAGUCUGCUACCAGAUAUUCAGAAGUUAAAUGGACGUGAUCGUGGAAAAAUCAAAAUUGCUUUCCAAAAUAUCUUGCAAGAUUAUUUAUAUCCAGACUAAUAAUAGCCUGUAGUAGACCUAAGUGAUUGCAAUGUAUACAAUAAUAUUAGGAUACCGGAAAGUAGAACAAGAAAGUAAUGUUUUCUUUAAUUCGUUACGGAGCAUUUUUUACAUUAAGAGUUUUGUGUAAAUCUUUGAAAGACAUUUCAGAAUAUAGUGCGAAAAUAUGCAA